AUGAAUUUAAAUUUCUGUUACCAUUUACCAUCUAUUAGAAUGACAACAGAGAUGGGAUUGAAAUCAUCAUAUUAUUUACCUGGUGAUCGGUUAUUAGAUGACAGUUAUGCUGAAUAUCACGGAGUGAGUAAUUAUCAAUCAAAAUUGAUUUCUGAUACACAACAAAAUCAACGGCAACAACCACAACAAAUUCAAAAUCACAUGGUACUUAAAAUUUAUAGUCCCACUAAAGAUGAUUAUGUAUUAGGUAUUGUUAUAAUACGUGGUAACGAUUUCUUUCUUAUUGAUAUUAAUAGUACAGAGUCAGCCAUAUUAUCCAUGCAAUCAUUUGAAAAUGGAUGUUGUCCAAACCGAGUAAAAAUGAAUCGUCUAAGUAUUGUAUAUGCGCGUGUUAGUCGCGCUGAUUUGUGGUGUCAAACAGAGUUAUCAUGUUGUUCACCAAAUAUAAAUAAAAAAUAUAAUAAAUCAAAUAUAUUCGGUGUUAUUGAAAACGGUUAUCUUAUAAGAUGUUCAUUGAAUUUGUGUGUAAAAUUACAAAAUACAUCAUUACUAUCGAGAUUAACAAAAAUCGUUAAAGGUUUUCAGAUAAUACCAUCCGUGAAUGGUUUUAUAUGGUAUACAACAACGUCAACAAAUUCAUUGAUUGUUGUUAAAAAUAUUCUACUAAAACAUGAAACAAUAGACAAUGUUGAUGAAUUAUGUCAUGAAUAUAGUUUAUUAAUGGACACUUUACGUAAACAGGAUGAAACGUAUCAUUCGAAAACAACAGAAAAUCUUCAUCUAAGUAGAAAUAAUAAUGAAAAAAUGGAAUUAGAUAAAAGUCAAUCUAAAAUGAUUGAAAUGAGUGAGAAGCAGUCUGAGAAUGAUUCAGAAUUAGUGGAUGUAGAUGAUAGUAUGAAUCAACGAACAAUUAGUGACGAAAAUAACGAUCACUGA